AUUUCGAAACCUAGGAGCAGGGGUAGCUGCGUAGCAAACUCGUAUUGCACCAACACCAUGCAUUCGCUUCUGUCCGUUCUUGCUCUGAGCUCCCUGGCCUUUGCUGGACCAGGGUCCUUCCGAGCACCGUCGCGGUCUGCAGACCUCAGCACGCGCCAGGCCAACACGUACCCUCCGAACACGAUUGAUCAACCGAUAGACCACUUUCCCAGUGAUCCACGUUAUGCUCCGCACACAAACGCCACAUUCAAGCAGCACUACUACUUCGAUGCGAGCUACUACAAGCCGGGAGGGCCGGUAUAUCUCUACGUCGGAGGAGAGACCGAUGCGAGGAACCGGUUCUCAAACCUCAGGACCGGAAUCAUCCAGAUCCUGAUGAACGCGACUGGAGGCCUCGGCGUGAUUAUAGAGAACCGAUACUACGGACAGAGUGUCCCCUUCGAGAACCUCACAACCGACAAUCUGGCGUAUCUGACAAAUGAGCAAACGAUCGCCGACUUUGCAUACUUCGCGCAGCACGCGACCUUUCCCGGCGUGAAUGUCUCCCUCACGGCACCGGCUACGCCCUGGAUCAUGUACGGAGGGAGUCUCGCGGGUGCUCAGACAUCCUUUACCGUCAAGACGUAUCCGGACAUCAUAUACGGCGGCAUUGCAGCUAGCGGAGUAAUUCGGGUAGCCUUAGAGUAUCCCGAAUGGUAUGAUCCCAUUCAGAAAUUUGGACCCAGCGACUGUGUCCAGAGCAUCAAUGACAUCGUGGACAAGUUCGAUGCCCUCGUCGAAGCUGGCAACACCGACGCCAUCCAGGAGCUCAAGUCAAUCUUUGGCCUCGAGUCAUUGACCGAUAAUCGAGACUUCGCAAAGACUAUCGCAUACCCUGUAGGGAGCCCGUUUGAUUAUCCCACUCCCACGUGGCAGGAGCUCUCCUGGAUAAAUCAGAAGACGCAGUUCUGGUCGUUCUGCGGCAAUGUCACCAAUCUGGAUUCACCGGAAGAGGUUACGGCUGUGGAUGAGCAGCUGGCAAAAUACACGGACGGCGAGCCUUGGGAGAAUCUGGGCAAUUACGCCAAGUACAUCAAGGACGUGAUCUUGCCGACUUGUUCGAGCGGAGACUAUGCCAGUGGAGACUGUUUUGGGCAGGGGAAUGCAACAUUUUGGACAGAGCAAGUCGAUUCCUCCACACUUGCCUACCUUUAUACCACCUGUAUAGAGGGAGGUCUGUACCAAAGCGCCCGAAAGGAGGGGAAAACACUACUAUCCAGGGUUAUGGAUGCCACCUAUACCCAGGAGCAGUGCACACUGGCCUUCCCGCCGGGUGAAUACAACACAAUCCCGCCAACUCCUGACCUAGACAGGUGGAACGCAUACGGCAGCCUUAACUUUAGCGCAGACAGGCUGGCCUUUAUCGAUGGGAACCACGACCCCUGGCUUGAUGGGUGCUACCAUUCAAACCUUGGUCCGCAGAGGUACAGCUCCAAUCUCCAUCCGGCGUAUCUGAUCGUGGACGGUGGGCAUCACUGGGACAGCAAUGGUAUUCUGGAUGUUGAGAGUGAGCCUCAGUUCAUCCGUGAGGCGCACAAGUGGCAGAUCCGCACUGUCAGGAAGUGGCUUCGCAAGUUCCCUGAAUGGCAGCCGGUGAGCUAUCAUUGAUUCGACCAAACUGAGAUGAGCGGAUUGUGUAGUCUCCAGUAUGCCUCUUGAUUCAUAGCAGCGAAAGUUGUUUACGUACGGUGUAGAUGGACCGAGUUACUGCCAAUGCCAACAGGAUCUCGACUUGA